AUGAAGUCUAAAACAGAUGAGAAAGGCCAAAAUUUGAGAACUAUAAAUAACAAUUUCUUAAAAUUAAGAAAAGAAGUAAAAGCUGCUAAAACUAUAGUGAUACGUAAGCUAACGAAGAAAAUAACAGCGAUGAAAGAGAAAAAAAGUAAAAACCCAGAAGUUGAGAAAAAAAUUCAAACAUUGAUUGACCAAGUUAUGGACAUGAAGAAAUUUAAUAGUACUAAGCAGUGUGACAAAGUGUCAUUGUUCGCUUUAAAAAAUACCUUGGACUUGCAGCAAAUUUUGUCUGACUCCAAGAUAGACAGCAGAACGAAGGCGAUGGGGAGGCUGGUUUAUUUCAAGACGAUGAAAAUUGCUGUAAGUCAAUUCAAAGAAAAUAAUCCUACGUACUUGUCUUGGUUGGAGCAGAAAAAAGAAGAUAAAGCUGAGUCGAAGAAAGAUAAGAAGAAAAAAGAUCAAGGUAAACAGAAGGAGAAGAAGAAGUCUGGUGAUGAUGAUAAUAAUGAAGAUCAAGCGUCUAAAGAUGAAAAAUUAAAAAAAGGUAAAAAUUCUAAGAAAAAAGAACCUUUGGAUGAAGUUGAAGAUUCUGAAGCUGAAGACAGUGAAAAUGAGUCGGAGAAUGACAGUGAAGAUGAAGUGGACCAAGAAAGUGAAGACGAUGCUGAGGAUCGAUCUUUAAAGAUAUUAAAAAAUAACGAUGAUAAUAAUAAUAAUGUUGAAAGGCAAGCUUAUGAAGCUGCCUAA